AUGAUUUACCGUUUCGUAACUAGAAAUUCCGUGGAAGAACGAAUCACUUCGGUUGCGAAAAAGAAGAUGUUGCUCACUCAUUUGGUAGUACGAGCCGGUCUUGGCCAAAAGGGGCCUAGUAUGAGUAAAUCAGAAUUGGAUGAUGUGCUGAGAUGGGGUACGGAAGAAUUGUUCAAAGAUGAUGAACCACCACAAGGAGAGCCAACUGAAGGCGAACCUGGGAAGAAAGCGAACGAGAAUGAAAUCGACAAAGAUGGCGAGAAAAAGGAGCAUUGGACCAACGAAUACCUCAGUUCAUUCAAAGUGGCGACGUAUACCACGAGGGAAACUGACGACAAAGAAGAAGAGGAAGAGGAAGAAAUGGAGGUUAUCAAGGACAACGAUAAGGAGCCUGAUCCCGACUAUUGGGAGAAGCUUCUUCGACACCAUUAUGAGCAAGACCAAGAGAUGGAAGCUCAGAAACUCGGCAAAGGCAAGAGGCUGCGCAAGCAGGUCAACUAUGCAAGCGAAAACAUGGGUCAGGAUUGGCAGAAAUCGCGCUGGAGAGCAGCAAAACAACGAUGA